UCCAUCCAUCACUGAAGAUGUUUUUACAGCAAAUUUUCAGGCUUUUAUUUYUGCUGAGUAUCUCCAUUAAGGGGGCUGCAACAGAAAAUUUUAAGCCUACCCCCGUUGUCACCCUUAAAAGUGGUAAMAUCAAAGGCAUUCAGUACGACUUGAACAUUGGUGGAACUGUAAGCAAGUAUCUUGGCAUACCCUUUGCUAAAGCAAAACGGUUUGAGAAACCUACUGAUCCAGAUUCAUGGACAGACAUCAAAAACAUGAUUACCUUUGGAAGCAUUUGUCCACARCAGUCUACAAAAGCCGAAGUUAUUGACACCAUGAGCGAGGAUUGYUURAACUUGAACGUGUUUGUGCCCAAAGGAGCUGGCUCGAACCUCCCUGUGAUGGUUUGGAUUCACGGUGGGGGGUUUGUGUUCGGCUCUAACAGGCCUUACGAUGCUAGCUACAUCGCUGGUAUAGGAAAGAUUAUUGUGGUGGCUAUCAAUUACAGACUAAGUGUCUURGGGUUCUUGGCUGCGGGAAGAAAMACAGACUUACAAGGAAACUAUGGGAUGCUUGAUCAAGUUCAUGCCUUAAAAUGGGUCAAGGAAAAUAUUGCAGCUUUUGGUGGUGACCCCGGCAAAGUGACCAUAUUUGGAGAGUCUGCAGGCGGCGCGAGUGUAAGUCUUCUUCUUCUCUCUCCUUUGACCAAAGGACUUUUUCAAAGAGCCAUCAUUCAAUCUGGGGAUGCCAAUGCAAUUUGGGCAUAUCGAAAGUACUGUGAACAUGCGGUAGCCAUUGCCAAGGCGAUAGCUCAUGACAGUGGUUGCAAAGAGUUAACGUCUUUGGGUCAAUGCCUGAAGRGCAAGAGUGUAGAAGAAGUUUUUCAAGCCAGCAAAAGAGUUUUGGAUAUUGGUGAAGCUGUGGUCCGACCGGUAGUAGACGGGCACUUUCUUCCUGAUACUCCGGAUGUGUUAUUUAACAAUGGACAAUUCCACGAUGUYGAUGUUCUAAUGGGAUUUACUGACGAUGAAGGGACAAGUCUUACAGACGCCAUACCAGGUAUGGAAACGAAUAUCCAUGUAAGAAGAAAUGGCAUGACAAGAUCAGAUUUCAUCAAAAUCAUCAAUCACAAAGACAUCAAAUUUGUGCGCGGUCAAAACGCUGUCAUCAACGAAGCUAUACUUUAUCGUUACACCGACUGGGACAACGUCACGGAUCCCCGCAGAAAUCGUCGCAUGUUCAUGGAUAUGGCUGGCGACAGCAUGUAUGUCGCGCCAUCAUUAAGAUCCGCCAGGUCUAUCGCCAAUAAAACAUCCAAUAUCUAUAUGUAUGAGCUACAGUAUCGUUUAGAUACCUUUGAAAACAAGUCUGUGCCUUCGUGGGUUCGAGCUUUCCACGCCUCAGAUUUGGCAUUUCUUUUUGGUGAGCCACUGUACCGUGCGGCCCUGGCUAAUUCGUCUGUGUACACGAAAAAUGGGAAUUUCAGUGUGAAUGUGAUAAAAAUGUGGACUAACUUUGCUAAAUCUGGUGAUCCCAACAAGCCCGAAGCCAUUCCUCUGGCUUGGCCCAAGUUCGAUGUGAGUAAAGAGAAGUACAUGGCACUAAAACCARCGUUUACCAUUCAGGAAAAACCACGAAAUGCUUAUGUCGCUUUUUGGAAUGAAUUUGUCCCUGCAGCCCUGAAAGCGAUGGGUGUCCSCCCUCACUGUACUGAUAGUCCAGUAUCCAUGGUUACCUCACUCCACUACGGAGGGCCAGUGACACUUUUGUUUGCUCUGCUGUGGCCUGCAUUGUACUUGGUUUGGUGAUAAUCAUUUUGACUAGUUAUGGCCAGACGCGCUCAAUCAGAAGCCCAGUACAUUUAGAAAGACAGCUACAAUUAGCUUUAAACACUUGCUGUUGGACGUAGAUUGGAUUUAAUAUACAAUGACAAUUUUUAGAAUACAAAAUUGUAUGAAUUAGUAUACAAUUUAAUAGCUAAAAAUAAUUAAGCUGUUGUAUUGUAAUAAGUACACAACUUCAAUGCAAAAGUCUUAUAUUAGACAUAAAUAUAAAUGCGUUGAACUAGAGAUACUUUAAGUAAAAGUAUAUUUUGUUUCAAA